AUGGAUGGGCUACGCAUUACUUGUCUCCUCAAUCCCUCCAAAACGAAUCACUUUCGUAUCAAUGACCUGGAGGCCAUUCUCAUCCUAAACGGGUUCUACCCCUCGCGAGAGGACAUUGAGCAAGCCAGAGAAAAGUACGGUGACUUUGUAUCAAAAAAACAGGUGGAGGAUGAGCUUUGCAGACAGAAAAACAAACCACCGAUUCAAAUGAAGAUCCUGUUUGAAGAAAUCAAGGACAUGUUGAAAGUGAAACGUGGCUACUUCAGUAGGGAGGAUCUGAUCACUCUGUUUGCAGAAGAGAAGCGACCUCUCAAGGAGCAGGAUGUGGACACACUUUUGAAGGACAUUUGCGAUAACGGCUUUCUUGAGAGAUUGACAAGGCCUGUGAAUGCAAGUGAAUGA